UCGACAGCUUCACGAGAGGUUCGGCGCGCUUCUCUAGCAGAAAGACGGCAUCUCUUAUCCAGGAUGUGGGCACUUACAACAAGCUUGGCCCUGCUGUUGUUGCUGUUGAGUCUGCCUGGGUUCCAGGCUGCCAGGAUUCUCUUCUUGUAUAUGCCAACAUACAGUCACAUCCGGGGAUCUUUGAACGUGGCCACUGAGCUCGCUUCACAUGGUCACGUGGUAUGGAAUGCUCUGUCAACUGAACUGGCCAAUCACAAGGGCAUGCAGGCACCAGGGGUCAACAUCCUCAAAUACGAGUCUGUUGAUGAAUAUGACUUUGACCAAAUGAUCCUCAACAGCAUGAUAAACGCAUAUUUCCAAGAAAACGGUCCUCCUGUGCCUUUUGAUCUUAUAACGGAAAUAUGUGACCGUAUUCUGAGGGACGAGGAAUUAUUUAAGAGAAUCAAAGAUUUGAAUUUUGAUUUGAUUAUAUUUGAUAUUGUACCCUUAGCCAGAAUGCUUACCACCAUUGCCUACAGACUGGACAUUCCCUUCAUAUUCAUAGGGGCAGCUUUCGAGCCUCAAGUUAGCAGGACCCCUUUUGUUCCAUCUGCGUUUCCGUUCAUCAUUUCCCCAAGGACACCGAAAAUGGACUUCGGGACGCGUGUAGCGAAUGCCAUCACGACUGUGCUGUACGUGUUCUUUUAUGAUCCGUUCUGUACCUAUAGGCCAGUAGCGACAUACGCCCCCGAGAAGCCGUACAUCUCAAUGGAAUCUCUGACAGCUAAGGCCUGGCUGUGGCUCAUCGACAUUGAGCCCCUACUAGACUACCCAGCUGCCACGCUGCCCAACGUGAAGCUGAUUGGAUCUCUGUCAGCGACUGAACCAAAGCCACUCCCUGUUGAAUACAAGAAGUUUAUGGACGAAUCAAAAGAAGGCGUGGUCAUUGUUUCUUUCGGAAGUAAUGUGAAGUCGCUUCCUGAUGAAAUAUCCAAAAGGUUACUUGAGGCGCUUUCACGAACGAACUACCGAUACAUAUUCAAGACUGACAAAAAAGUCAAAGUUGGACCUUAUGUUCUUUUGACCGACUGGAUGCCGCAGUCGGAUCUACUCGCCCACCCGAACACUAAAUUGUUUAUAACCCAUUGCGGAGCUAGUGGUCUGAACGAGGCCUUCUUGAAGGGAGUUCCCAUGAUUGGUUUUCCCCUUUUUGGGGAUCAACCGUAUAAUUCAAUGAAGGUCGUGUACCAUGGCUUUGGUCUCAAAAUGGAUUUGAAAACGUUUACUGUUGCUGACUUGGUAUCCAACAUCAAUGAGGUCAUUCAGAAUUCUUCCUACUCACAGAAUAUCAAGAAAGCUGCGGAAAUCACGAAGCUCCGAAAAAGAAGUCCCAAAGAUGAAGCUGUUUACUGGAUAGAACACGUGCUUAAAUAUGGCGCCGCCCAUCUGAGGUCGUAUUGUCAGGACAUGCCGUUGUAUCAAUAUUUGUGUCUGGACGUCAUCGGGCUUGUCCUGUUCAUCCUCCAUAUGUGUAUUUUCCUUAUAUGGAAAUUGUGUAGCUAUUGCUGUAGGAAAACCUGUAAUCAAUCAAAACAAAAAGUAGAAUAAGUAUCCAAUAUAGUCUUUUUACAGGGAGUGAGUGAGCGAGUCAUAUCGUCAAUAUUUCAGCCAUAUCGUGACUUACUGUAAGGAGACGGAGCGGUAGUACAGUAGAUAACCGUUUGCUUGUGACGCCGAAGGCCCGGGUUUGAUUCCCGACAUGGGCACAAUUUGUGAAGCUCAUGAUUUCUGGUGUUCGAGGUUGAUAUUGCUGCGCUAAUUCUAAUAGCGGCGUAAAACGCAAGUCACUCACUCACUCGCUGUGUAAACGUGGUGUGGCUGGGGAAACUGUCAGUGAGAAUGUUCCAGGUUAGCUGAAUAUUUAAACAGGGAAAUAUAAUUUCAAUUUCUUUUGUAUCUUUGUAUGAUUUGUAGAGUGAAUGUUUAUUUCACCGACAAAAGAUACCUUCAGUUUUUCUAAAAUAAAAAGUUUAAUUAUA